ACAUAAAGUGUAUAAAUCCAUUUUGUGAUGCGGCUUGUAUGCAAACGUAGUUCACAUGGAGCCCAUUUUUUAUAAUGAGAGGAAGGAAGAGGGCAGGUCCCCUUCAUAUGCAUUUGCAUGCGCACGAUCUACUGUGUUAACUUUUAUAAGCUAUAAAUAAUCACCAACAUAACAGUAUGCCCACCGCAAAGCCAUGAAAAGAGGGAGAAUAUCAGGAAUUCCUUUUCUGCGCCUUUAGCAUUUGAUUUCCUCCUUAAAAAUCAAAACGUCAUGUAGAGCCGUGGCUGAAUCUCUUCCAAAUUCCUCUAUAGGUUUCUUCUUCUCGUUUCUCAUGCGUUAAUUGUAAUUUUGUGGUUCUUAUAGAUGUUGAUAGUACGUUCUCUUCUCGUCUCACCUUAGUUGUCAGGUCUCAGAAUUAUGCUGCGUUAGAACCGUUGCUUUUACAGUGCUAAAGAAAAUCAGCAUGUAAAUUCGCCAUCUUACUACCCAAGUAUGGACUUGGGCUUAAAAUAAAGGUGGGCUUGACAAGCUUUCGAUGGCGUCAAUACUGCAAGUCUGCAAUUGGCAAGAAUUUCCAGGUGUAAUCCAAUGCCAAAUGCCAAAUGGAGUCUGAAUCUUGUCCCUUUCAAAAAGGUUAGGCCACAAAAGGAGAAAAUAAAUUGCGUUUUUUUCCUGAUCCAGAUUCUGUAGCCCAUUCUAUUCUAUUUUGAUUCUAUUAGAAUGACCAUGUAGGUCCGUCAAAGCAAUUUGCUAGUUACAUGAAACAUUAUUCUUUUUCUUCUCUGUCCCUUCAGCCAUGGAAUCCAAGUAAUGUUAAAACAUGGAAUUCCUUCAACAGGAUGAUAAAAUGCCUUCAAACUCCAUUUUUUCCCCCUAAUUUCACCCCCAGAAUUUAAUUGAGAAGCCUAUACUUUCUCUUUCGAGGAUAGCUAAAUGAUUUUUUAACUUUCAUUAACGAACAUACGAAAAAUUGCGUUGUAUGGAGUAUUCUUAUCCUUUAAUCACAGACCUUUGCUCUCACAGUAAAACAUGAGUUUGAAAUUUUUCUGUAGUUUUUGAGGCUCAAAAAAUAAGAUGCCUUGUUAUUUGUUAAAAAACAUAAUAUUAUAGCAAUGUAAUCUCAACUUCCAUAAAUCUGUUACGUUUUAUGUAUUGUGUAUUCCUUUCUUCACAAUCCAAGUGAAAAGAAAAGAGUUUAUAUUUCCCUUCUGUUUCUUACUCCACCUUGAAAUGGAGGAGACGUUUGUACCAUUUCGAGGGAUCAAGAAUGAUCUUAAGGGAAGAUUACUGUGCUACAAGCAAGAUUGGACUAGUGGCUUCACAGCAGGAUUCAGGAUCCUUGCUCCCACAACUUACAUAUUCUUUGCAUCAGCCAUUCCAGUGAUAUCAUUUGGGGAACAAUUGGACAGGAACACAAAUGGUAUCUUGACUGCAGUUCAAACAUUGGCAUCUACUGGAAUUUGUGGAGUCAUACAUUCCUUUUUUGGUGGUCAGCCAUUGCUAAUUCUUGGAGUAGCUGAGCCAACUGUUCUUAUGUAUACUUUUAUGUUCAACUUUGCCAAAGACAGAGAUGAUUUGGGCCCACAUUUGUAUUUGGCUUGGGCAGGAUGGGUAUGUGUCUGGACUGCAUUUUUGUUGAUCUUAUUUGCAAUCCUGGGUGCAUGCUCAAUUAUCAACAGGUUCACCCGCAUAGCGGGUGAACUUUUUGGUUUGCUGAUUGCAAUGUUGUUCAUGCAACAGGCCAUACGUGGCCUUGUGGAGGAGUUUCGUAUCCCAGUGGGGGAAAAUCCGAAACUUGAACAGUUCCAACCAUCAUGGCGUUUUGGGAAUGGAAUGUUUGCAUUGGUUCUCUCAUUUGGACUUCUAUUUAGUGGGCUAGGGAGCCGCAAAGCCCGAUCUUGGCGUUAUGGGACAGGAUGGCUUCGGGGUCUUAUUGCUGAUUAUGGUGUGCCAUUGAUGGUCCUUGUGUGGACUGGAGUUUCAUAUGCUUCAGCCAGCCAUGUCCCAAAUGGAAUUCCACGACGGCUUUUCAGUCCCAAUCCAUGGUCACCCAAUGCCUAUGCCAACUGGACAGUUGUUAAGGAAAUGCUUGAUGUACCAUUAUUAUACAUUAUCGGAGCAUUUAUUCCAGCUACAAUGAUUGCUGUGCUUUAUUAUUUUGACCACAGCGUGGCAUCCCAACUUGCCCAACAAAAGGAAUUCAACUUGAGAAAGCCAUCUUCAUUUCAUUAUGACUUGCUUCUUUUGGGAUUCUUGGUUAUUUUAUGUGGCCUACUUGGUAUACCACCUUCAAAUGGUGUUAUUCCUCAAUCUCCAAUGCACACUAAAAGCUUAGCAACUCUCAAGCAUCAGUUGAUGCGCAACAAAUUAGUCAGAAGAGCACAAAAAAGUAUUCAAACUAACUCAAGCCUAGGGCAGCUAUAUGGACACAUGCAAGAAACUUACCAGCAGAUGCAAACUCCAUUGGUGUACCAGCCUCCAUCUACUUUGGAACUUAAGCAAUUGAAGGAUACCACUGUUCAAUUAGCCACAAGUGCUGGAAAUAUAGAUGCUCCAGUUGAUGAAUCAAUUUUUAAUGUAGAGAAGGACAUAGAUGAUCUCCUACCUGUUGAAGUUAAGGAACAGCGACUAAGUAACCUGUUGCAAUCUAUUAUGGUGGCUUGCUGUGUUGGUGCAAUGCCUAUCCUUAAAAAGAUCCCAACUUCUGUACUUUGGGGUUACUUUGCUUUCAUGGCCAUAGAGAGUUUGCCUGGAAAUCAAUUCUGGGAAAGGAUAUUGCUUCUGUUCACUGCUCCAAGUCGUAGAUACAUGGUGCUCCAGAAGUAUCAUGCUAUAUUUGUUGAAACAGUACCUUUCAAAACAAUUGCUAUGUUUACCAUAUUCCAGACGUGCUAUUUACUGGCCUGUUUUGGCGUAACCUGGAUCCCCAUAGCUGGUGUGCUUUUUCCACUGCUAAUAAUGUUGUUGGUCCCCAUAAGACAGUAUGUGCUUCCAUGGUUUUAUAAAGGAGCACAUCUUCAAGAAUUGGAUGCAGCCGAGUAUGAAGAAUCACCAGCAAUACCAUGCGACAUAGCAAUGACUGAAGCUGGAUCUCUUGGGCUUGGGCGUGGAAAUGGAGGGACAAAGGCAGAUGAAGGCGAAAUUUUGGAUGAGAUGAUGACACGAAGCCGUGGUGAAAUUAAGCACAUAUAUAGUCCAAAGAUAACUAGUACGAGUGAAUGCACACAGCCUGGUGAAGCAAAGUAUAUUUUUAGUCCACGUCUUGGAGAUUCUGAACGAGCAUACAGUCCCCGUAUCAGUCAGCUCAGACAGACACAUAGUCCACAACUUGGUGAAGGGAAAAAUAUCAGUCCACGAACAUCAUCUAGUUUGAGGCCACAUACAUCAACUUCGAGUUAGACAUUUCUAGGAUGUGCAAAUCAAUAAACUGUAAUGUUUGGCUUCAGCAAAUACUUCAUAUGUCUUAUGGCAUAUAUAAUGUCUUAUUAUGUAACCAUACUGAGAUAAGCUCCUUGGUUGUAUUGGUAUAUCUUAUAGAUACCAGUAAGUCUAUUUACCAUGUAGAAUAUGUGUCCAUCUCAAUAAACAGUGUACCUUAUAUAAGUUUGAAAUGAAAUAAUAAUGGAAGUUGAGUUAAAAAAGUUUAUGUUUUGAG